GAGCGUAUGAGUGUUGGAGAGUUGUUGGAUGACUCGCUGGACGUGUGCGACUCCUCUCCUGCUGAUUCCUUCACAAGCAUUCAAUUUCUGUUUCGAGCUUAUCUGAUGCCUAUCACCUACCUGUUUGGCAUUUUUGCCAACUCUAUCAAUAUUGUCGUAUUCUUGCACAAGAGCAUGCGCAAUCAGCCGGUCAACUGGUUCUUCUUGGUGCUUUCGCUAAGUGAUCUAGCCGUCCUCAUCGCAUCAUUCUUUGUGUUCUCCGUACCAGUGUACGCAGAAGUGUCCGAUGAUGUCGACAUUGCACGAAGUUCCGCCGUACUGAUUGUAUGGUUUUACCCACUGGCGCAGACUGGUCUCACUAUGUCCGUUUACCUCACCAUGCUGGUCUCAGUGCAUCGAUUCAUGGGAGUGUGCCAUCCCUUCAUGAUCCAGCGAGUUUCUAAUUCGUCGGCAGUGAAAGGUGUUAUUGUUUUUGCUGUCGUCUUUGCCUUCUUAUUCAACACAAGCCGGUGGUUUGAACUGCAAGCGGUGCCUUGUUACUCGAAACGACAUGACAGGGAGUCAUUAGUGGUCUACCCGACGGACUUGAUGGUGGACAGUGUGUACACGGUGGUGUAUCGUAAUGCUGCUUACACUGUGGUGAUGUUCUUCCUGCCAUUCGCUAUCCUCACGUUCGUCAAUCUGCAGAUCAUUGGUACACUUAGGAGCUCAUAUCGGUAA